GUUAUGUUUGACUGUUUUUCAGAGUUUAUUUGAUUUGUUAUUUUGUUAAUUGUUAUACAUGGAUGAAUUGCGAGGUCCGAAUAUCCAAAUAGUCCUUCAUAUCAAGGAAGGGCUUGGUUUCGGAUUUCUGCGAACACCGUUUGUGGUCAGUGGUUCAUUAAAUGGUUACAUAUUAGAAACCGAUUCGGUUGUUCCAUCUCAUGCACCGGUUUUCGAUGCUGAACUUGUUUGGGAAACCGAUAAAAGAAGAUUUAGGAGUUUGCGUGUUCAAAAUGUUCCUGUGAAGGUUGAGGUGUUUACAACAUGCACGCAGGGACGUAAAGACAAAGUUGGAUAUUUAUUGUUGAGUCUCCUUAGUGCUCAACCCUGUCCUUCGAAUAAAAUUGUUGAUGUGAAGUACACAAUGCAUCGACUUCUGGGAGUUAAAUCUGAAGGGAAGUGUUGUCAUCCACAGCUGUUAAUGAGUCUAUCUAUUGAAGACAGGAACAGUACACCUACACCUAGAAAUGAACUCCGCAUGUUCCACAGUAAUGAGGUUGCCUAUCCCUUGUCUUCUCAUACCACGGGUAUACCAACAGGCAGAUCCAUUACCUUUGCGUUAAAUGAAUACAUUCUUGAAAGUAAGAAAUCAGUUUCAUCACCGGACCUUCAACCCAAAUUACUAUGUGAUGAAGGUCUAAUACAAAUCGGUAAAGGGAGUCAACUGUUUGUACUGAGUUUUGUCAUUGGAGUUGUUGAAAAUUUAGAUUUGUUGUUACCUGAGAGUCCAAAUAAUGAUUCUAUGAUUGAUUGUUACAUCAUGUAUUCAAUAUUCACACACAACAUAAUGACAGACAGAGUGGCGUCGAGCGGCGAGCGCGGUCCGGUCCGCAGCGCGCCGUUCAACCAGCGCACGUCGCUGCGUCUCGCGGCCGAGCUGUGCGCGCUCGCCCGCUACUUCGCAGAGUGUCCGCAUGUGGUGGCACGCGUGUGUCACGGUGACACGGAUCUAGGUAUAUGCAGUUUGGAUCUCCGGAAACUAAUUCCGACGGAAGACAUCAAGCAUUUCAUAGACAACUUCUGCAAUACCGAUAACGCUCUAACUAUACAGGAGCGCUGUUAUAUCUUGCGUUGCGAAGAGACUACUAAACGGAAAGAUGACGGAAGGAGACCUUUUGUGGAUAUCGAAAUGAGCUUGAAGUAUAUGGGCGCUCGCGGCGUUGCGCAGAGAUCUACGUUGCUGAGUGCCCGCAGUGCUACUGAGCUGCAGAGCGCGGCGGCGGGGGGGAGCCCGCGGCGGCGCGUCGGCAGCUGCACGAGCCUGCACGCCCACACCGCAGGAUACAAUAACGCAUCGGGCGACGCACACAAACAAACGAACGAAAUAGCGGAAUUAAUAAAGAACAUGUGCAAUUCAUUCGCUCUAAGUCAAGAGAGAAUACUCGCUGCCAGACUGAAACCCUCCACCAGCGAUGCGGAGGUGCAGUGCGAGGGGGGGAAUGUGGGAGACGAUGAUGGGAGGGGAGAGGGGGGAGACUGGGAGCCUGUGAAGCUGGACGGACGUCAAGCCGAGAGGGAGCCCGUCGUUUUGGAGACGAGCAAAAGCGACACGUGCAUCACAAGUCCUAAACGGGCCGCCCGUAAAGACAAUCACACGGAUUUGGUGAAAAUGGCGCUAUCGGAAGCCGACCGCGACAGCAUCAUGCGGAGGUUCGUGGACGAGCUGGAAGACUGGAAGGAGAAGCAGCAGGAGCUGCACAAACUGCAGUUGAAGCGCAAAGAAGAGUACCAUUUAGAGCUAUUGGCCAAGGAGUGGGCCAAGCAGCGCGUGGAGCUGGAGUGCCGGCUGGCGAGGGGCAUCCAGCAGUGCCGCGCCCUCGCCGCCGACCUCGCCGCCGCCACCGACGACUUCAGGGCGAGGGGACACAGGAACUCCGAGAGGGAGAAGAAGUUAUUGGAAGCGAAGAAAGCUUUAGAAGCGCAUUACACAGCCAAGUACCAGGAGCUGAGAGAAGCCUCAUUAAAAAUGGAGGACGACAUGAAUCAUCAGCUGAAAGUCAAGGACAUGAGGAUCGAGGCGCUGGAGCUUAAAAUAAUGCAGCUCGAGAAACAGGUGGACGUUUUGAAGAAUACCAUGAAGGACAUUGAGAAAGAAGCCGAAACCCGAUAUUCUGGUCUAACUAAAGAUCAAACUGCGAGUCUCAUACAAGAAUUGAGGUGUUUAGAAGAAAAACUAGAUAGUGCAGUCCAAUCGAAAGCGUUCUUCAAAGAGCAGUGGGGCCGAGCUGUCAGGGAACUGCACCUGCUGAAGCUGGACACCAGGAAGCAGAUGUUGUCGCAGCUGCAGCAGGACAGGAGGGAGCUGGGUGAUGCUGGCUUAGACACAAUAAAAGAUGACAGCGAAAGUAAACGCAAUCAAGAUGCGAUGGACAUUAAAAAAUUGAAAGACGAUUUUUAUGUUGACAUUUUAGCGAACACACCGGCACUGGAAAUCGAUUCGUUCAUCACCACAUCUGGUUCGGGUGUUGUAGAAAUGUUUGACGAUUUAAGAAGCGUCGUUAAGAACCCGAUAAAUGAUAAACUAAACAAAUUGAUAUCACAACGCGAUCGGCUCAUACAGGACGAGAAUCCGAAUGAAGAACUUCUGAAGCAAUUGAACCAGGAAAUUAGAAGUAUCCUAUUAAACUGUGGCUCCUGACUAUUUUGAAACAUCAGAUAUUAAUAAAAAAAAUUAUUAUUGCCAACCAAAAAAAAAUUUAUAUUUAUAUAAAAACUAUUGAAAGACUGAUGAAUUUCUAUAAAUUUAAAUAAAUCUUCCAUCAUGACAAAAAAUUUUGAAGCCGUCCAUGAUAACUUAGACAUAAUUUUUAUUAGAUUAAUUAUUAUAUUUGUUGUAUAUUUGAUUAAUUAUUGUGAUAUUGAUUAAAUUAA